AUGUCAAGCUAAAUCAAAACUCUUAGGUAUUGUAAAAUAGCUGGCCAUCAAGCCAAAAGGAUCAUCAAGAUUUGUGUUUCGAAGUAAACAUGUCCAAAUAGAUAUUUGUGUGAAUUGUGUUUGAAAUAAUCCCAUCAACAUUUUGAUCAAUGUAUAAGCAUAGAUCAAUUUCUGUAACGAAUCAAUCAAAUUAAAUUGAAUUACAAAGAUGCAAAUAAAAUUGAAGAGAUGGCUUCAAUACUCAAAAAUAAAAUUAAUUCCUGUAUGUCCAUCAUUCAACAGCAAUUCUAAUAACUAGAGGAUAGAAUUGAAGGCAUCAAGGGCAGCAUUAGAAACAGUUUCACCAAUAUCUCUCAAGUCUUGGAUUAGUUAAGUUCCAAUCCUUUAGGCUUUAAUGAUGAAAAUCUGAAUAGAAAUUUGUAUUAUCUUUAAGAGGAAAGCUGGAAUGAAUUUCAAAUGUCCAUCAACAAAGGGUCACAUCUUAUGAAACAAUAUUUCAACAUUCUACAUGAAUAAACACUUAGAUUUAAACUAUCAAGUGGACAUUCACAAUAAGGAAGCGCAGCUCAACUUUUACAGGUUCCAGAGGUUGCUUGGCAUUUAAAAGGAAUAGACCAAUCCUUUGAAGCUCAAUUCCAAAAUCGUUCCGACGUCUCCAGAUUCAUUACCUAUUACUCUGCACAAUCACAAGAGCUGAUGACAACUAAUAAAUAAUAAAGUUCAAUAAGGAUACUGGUGUAUGAAAGAGGAGGGUAUUACAAUAACGGUCUUAAAGUUGGGGAAUGGACAGAAAUUGUAAGAGACAAUCCAUUUUAAUAUCAUUACAUCACUCAUUAUUUCAACAAUUUUGGUGAAUUGUAAAACGUAGUGGAUAUCAAUUAUUGUGACUUGUCUUCAGAUGUGCUCAAAAUACUAGAUGAAUAUGAGCAACCAAAUUUUCUAUCUAAUUCAAAUUCAAUAGCUAAGGACUUAUCAUCAAGAGUCUUUCUCUCCCCCAAGGCAUACCCUAUUGAUAGAGUAAGAUUAGGUUCUUAUUCGUCGAUUGGAAAAUCUAGCAGAAAGUUGGAGAAAUAUCAGUGA